UUAUCCUCAAAGUCCAUCUCUCUCUUUCCAAGCUACAAAAAGUCAAAUCCCCGUUCCAAGCCAUUAAGCAAGGAAACAAUCAUGUCAACCAAGUCUUCCCUCCUCGUCCUCCUCACCCUCCUCUUUCUCUUUGCCUCCUCUCUCGCCGCUGAUCCCGACAUGCUCCAAGAUCUCUGUGUUGCCGAUCUGAACUCCCCUGUGAAGGUGAACGGAUUUGCAUGCAAAGCCAACGUCACCGAGGACGACUUCUUCUUCAAGGGACUAGCCACCCCGGGCGCCACCAACAACACUCUCGGAUCCCUCGUGACGGGGGCCGACGUGGGGAAGAUCCCGGGGCUCAACACCCUGGGUGUCUCCAUGGCCCGCAUCGACUACGCCCCUGGCGGGCUCAACCCUCCCCACACCCACCCCCGCGCCACCGAGAUAAUCUUCAUCCUCGAUGGCACCCUCGACGUCGGCUUCAUCACCACCGCCAACAAGUUCGUCACCAAGACCAUCACCGCGGGCGAGGUCUUCGUCUUCCCCCGGGGGCUCGUCCACUUCCAGAAAAACAACGGCCAUGUCCCAGCCUCCCUCAUCGCCGCCUUCAACAGCCAGCUCCCGGGGAUCCUAGUCAUAGCCGCCAGCCUCUUCACUGCCUCUCCGGCGGUGCCAGAUGCUGUGCUUGCCCAGGCUUUCCAGAUCAGCACCAACGAGGUGGAGAAGAUCAAGGCUGGCCUUGCGCCCAACAAGUGAUAUAUAUAUAUAUAUAUAUAUAUAUAUAUAUAUAUAUAUAUAUGUAUAAGAGAAAUAGUAGACAGCUUAUGAAUUCCCCGUUUGGUUUGUUUGUGAGAUGUUUCAGUCUUUGAACUUCCGAAUUGUUGUGUGUUCGCAACUCCAGGUUUCUGAGGUCUUUGGGGUUGUUCUGUAACGUUACUUUGCUUCAGAGAGGAUGACGACGGAAUAAUAACGUUCUCUCUCUCUCUCUCUCUCUAUAUAUAUAUAUAUAUAUGGAUCUCAAGUUUCAGCCGAUUUCA